CUUUGAUCUUCUGUUGUGAGUGCCUCCUCUUCUGAGAAAGCUGUCCACGAUGAUUGAGGCCUUCUUGGGAACCUGGAAACUGGUCUCCAGUGAAAACUUUGAGGAUUACAUGAAAGAACUGGGAGUGGAUUUUGCAGCCCGGAAUGCAGCGGCUCUAGUGAAGCCAAGUGUCAAUAUUGGUCUCAGUGGGGAAAUAGUGACCAUCCGAACAGAAAGUUCUUUCAAGAACACUGAGAUCUCCUUCAAGCUGGGGGAAGAGUUUGAUGAAACCACUGCAGACGACCGGAAAGUGAAGAGCAUCGUAACAUUAGACAAUGGGUCAAUGAUUCAAGUCCAAAAGUGGCUUGGCAAAGAGACAACAAUCAAAAGAAAAAUUGUGGAUUCAAAAAUGGUAGUGGAAUGUAGCAUGAACAAUAUUGUCAGCACUAGGACCUACGAAAAGGUGUAAAAAAAGGCAGACACCAGUGAGACCUUGGUCACUACAGGAAACUUG